CGAAGUGCACUAAAUUAUACACCUUCUCAGUAUAUCAUAAUGUGCCGGUGUUUAAUAUACUUCCAGUUUUUAUUGCAUCGGAACAUAGGCGGUUCGAAACCCUAUUAAGAUGGGCUGAUUCAUACCUGAAAAACAAUUAUUCUAAUUAUUCUAAAACGAUUUAGCUAUUUGUCCUGCUGUUUUGUAUACAUUUCGUAACCCGUUCGGCAAAUUUUAUCGUGCGGACCACCCACCAAAACAAAGCUCGCCCGUUUCAGCGUGGGGGACCCGGGGACCGUAUUUCUUCAAUGGGCUGAAAAGUCCGUAAGAGUCAGAUCCUAGAAUCGCCCCUACAUCAGUUGUUAGGCCUACUGGUAAUUAAUUUUCCUUCAAAAACAGUGAACAUAAUAGCUUGUCAAUAUCAUGUUUGGUUAAUGGCCACGAAAACCACAGGCUUCAAGCGUCCAGAAAGUCUGUGAUAACAUCUUGGAAAUUAAAUGAGGAAACAGCAGAUCGCAGUCCCCAAACGGAGGUCAUUGCCUACCUGACCAUGAUGGACAUCGCGGUUUUAGAAAAGCAAUAUAACUGGAUUAAAGAGAAGCAAAAGCUACAGACUCAUGUUGUCUUUUUCAGAAAAGCAAAUGAUAGAGAGAUCUGUGGUAAAUCCCUCAUCAGUGUGGUUCCAAUCAGCCAGGAAGUGAACACCUCCAAAGCUUUUGAUGAGCAGUUGACCGUUCGAGAGAUACAGUUUAAUUUGCCCGGUGACCUUGACUGCGACAAAACUCCAUGGCACGCCCACCUGGGAAUGCACCGGAUGACCCAUGUGCAAAACAGAACCAAAGCUACCGGUGAAGUAAGAACGGACCACUCGGAAUAUCUCGGGAAGCCGGCUCCUAUUGAAACGCACUCUGAAUCAGUUUCUCCGGAAACAGUGGCCGAAGAGUCACCUGCAAUCCUCGACGUUGAGUUCAGUGGUGGAGAGGCUAGAAAAGAAGGUUCUAGAAAGUUCUCUGCCCCAGCUGUCCUGUCAAGACAGCUGAGUGUGGCUGUCUACCAACCUUCCAUGGCUUCCCAGAGCUCCCAGUACUACCCCUUCCCUCAGCGUAAAUGUCCGAGGAAGUCUGAGGCGGCCAGGAGACUUGGGAUGUAUUCAUCCUUCUAAAUGGACAGAGAGGACAGCCCAAGAUAACUCUACCUAAGAAGCCAACAAAAAGUAUCUGUAUCCAGUAAAUCACCUUGCAAAAUACAAUGAUAGGAAGUACACAUUAUUCAGUAGUUCAUAUUGACAGAUUUUGCACUGUUCAUGUAACCUUUGAUAAUUCCAUUGAUGUUGGCAAACCUUUAAGAAUGGCAACUUCUCCAUUGAGCUAUUUGCAGAUGAUGCAGAAGAAUUACGAAAGUCUGCUGUUAUGAGAAUUAACUGAUGCGGAAAAUAUCAAAAUUAAUGAGGUUUGUUGUAAUAGUAUUGUUAGCCUUUAGCUGAAAAAAUCUAUUCAUGUAAGAAUAGGCUGUAGGUCACUUGACUUUUGUUAGAUUUGUAUUUUUGGUAAUAAUUCCUCAUAAGAUGAUUAUGAUAAUAUUUAUCAGCUUGUGUCAAACAUUACCAUCCUGUAAUAAAGUAACACAGUUACAAUGCC